UUAGUUUGAUCCCAAGAUUGUUCCGUGUGCUCACAGGUCAUCAUGUCAUCGUUGUACAGUUCGGGAGAGUGGCCGGAGAACUUCAAGCAGCUAAAGACCAUCGAUGACCUGCUGCGCUGUCCCAUCUGUUACGAGUACUUUGACAUCACGAUGAUCAUUCCUCAGUGUUCACAUAACUAUUGCUCCCUGUGUAUCAGAAGGUAUUUGAAUUACAAGACUCAAUGUCCAACAUGUGGAGUGUCUGUCAGUGAACCAGAGCUGAGGAACAACAGAAGUCUAGACGACCUUGUCAGACAGUUCCUUGAUGUCAGACCAAGUUUACUCCAGUGUGUGAAGUCAGGAGUCAACAGCCACACAGCAGACAGAGGGUCCACAUCAGGUCCAGCUGGUUCAAAGCCUGACACAUCUAUGCCUACUCUCAAGAAAGUCACUUCAUCAAAGGCAGGAAAGAGUUCUGAUGCUGCUACAACUGGUGUAAAGAAAAGUCCUCCCACCAACACCCUAGACCGGUUCUGCUCUGCUGUCAGUACCAGAACAGCCCCCGCAGAAGACGAUGAUCAAUGCGAUGACUUCCGUGAUGACGUCAAACGUCACAGAAGCAAAAGGAUUUCAUACAAGGAGUCCAGCAGUGAUGACGAUGUGGAGAUUGUUGGGACGGUGGUCACCCCUCCACCGGUCAAACCUGCCAAGGUGCCAAGUCCAAAGGCAUCCACUUCACAAGAGUCCACUCCAGCAGGCGAGAGAAACAACUCACAAGUUGCAAUGGCAGACUGUCCUGUAUGUGGAGUGAGUAUUCCAGAGAGACAUAUCAACAACCACCUGGACGUGUGCUUAACUCGGGAGGAGAAGAAAGAGUCUUUGAGAAGUUCCGCCCCCAAGAGGAAGCCGAUGGCCAAGCUGGUGUAUAACCUGAUGUCUGACAAGGACCUGAGGAAGAGACUGAAGGAGAAGGGGCUGUCUACACAGGGGGACAGACAGACUCUGAUUGCCAGACACCAUGAGUUUGUGUUGAGGUACAACUCACAAUGUGACUCGGCAGAACCCAAAUCAGUUGCCCAGAUUGUGAAAGAAGUGGAGAAACAUGAGAGAGUGUUGAGCAAGACAACUGUGACAAAGCCCACAUUCACUCUCAACAAGACUUCAAAUGAACAAGAGAGAGACAGGGUCAAUACUAAAUAUGCAACAGAACACAAGGCACAGUUCAACUCAUUGAUAGAAAAUGCCAGGAAAAGGAUGAAACAAAAGAGAAAAGCAAAGUUGGCAGAAGAAGGGUCAGAAAACACUGCAGAAGAAAAACUGCCAUCUAUGGAGGUAGACUUAAAUAUACCUACUGAUGAAACAACCACAGACAAACCAACAGAAGUGUCAAAUGAAAUAGAGAAAACUGCUGAAGACGGUCUGACAGUACAGAUAGGAGAGCAAGCAUCAACAGAGGAGGAUCAAGAAGCUGGUACAGUGGGAAAAGAUCUAGAGGACAUGAAAGAGCAAACAGAAGUUGAGAAGCAGAUCCACCCAGUACAGACACCAGACGCCCCACAGUUUAACCUCCUGGCAGAGUUUGAUGACAUAGAUGAGGAUAACACUCUGUGUACAGAUGACACCAGGGAGGACCCAGCAGAUGACUGUAACAGUGAGAAGAGUGUCAGUCUUUUUGACAACAUUCAACAAGAUACUCAUACAGGUGAGCUACAAGAAGACCAACUGACUGGACAGAAGUCUGAGACAGAGCCAGUCCGAGACGCAGAAUCAGAAGAUGAUGAAGAGGAUACCCUAACACCCUCUCUGGAGUUUGGGGCAUCUGAGGGUUCAGUUGAUAUUUUGGCCAUGAAACCAUACCAGCUACAGGAUCCAACAUAUGCUCAGUCUAGCAGCUCAGGACCAAGUUCCAUUGCUGACUUUGACUUCCUUGGUGAUGAUCCAGAGAUCAAAUGUGUACCAGAAAGCCCCCCUGCCAGGCAGCUGAGAAGGGGUAAGAGGAAAGUUGCGGAAUUACAGAGUGACAGUGACGGGUCGUUCGGGAGUGAACAAGACGUACGCAGGAGCAAACGUCGCACAACCAACAGGAACAAAAAUCAGUGACUCUGCAAGAGAACACCUACCUUUGGAGAAGGCAACACACUCCCAUCUUUGUGUAUUUUUCUCCAAGGCAGUUAGGAUUGUGACAGUCUUCUGAUAGUCUCUCCUCUGUCACAGUGUCAAGACUUCAAGUAAAUGUUGUUGUUGUCAAAGGCCAUAUCACUGUGUGUUUAACACCAGGAUCAGGGUUUCUGACUGUGUUAAUCCUGUAGGCAACUGUCUUCCAAAAAUGUUUUAAAGACAUUGAUGUUAUGAUCUAACUGAGGAUUGCCAUAGAUAAGUUCUACUGCACCAAGGUCCCAAAAAAGCAAAAUUAGAGAUAUCAUCUAUUCAAGCUGAUAAAUUUCUAAUACGGUACUUGCACAGCUAUGAAUUAACGACAUUUAUAUGAAGUGAAGCUCUGUAACAUUUUGAUUUUAUCCUUACAUCCAUACUUCCUAUUGAUCUGUUGAACAGUCUUGUCAAUACACUGUAUACUGAAACAUGCUUUAGAGUGGAAUGUAUAA